AUGUCUCUCCCAACCCGAACCCUCGGCCGCAACGGUCCCCAAGUCCCCGCAGUCGGACUGGGACUCAUGAGUCUCGGCAGCAUCUAUGGCUACGCCGGCACCCUCGAAGAAAAGGUCGCUUUCCUCGAGCACGCCCACUCAAUCGGAGCCCGAUUCUGGGAUACAGCAGACGUGUACGCCGACAGCGAAGACGUAGUAGGAGAGUGGGUCAAGAAGUCAGGAAACCGCAAGGAUAUCUUCCUAGCAUCCAAGUUUGCCAUCCAGUACGACUUCAACGUGGGUAUACAGACCGUUCGGUCUGAUCCGGAGUAUGUCAAGGAGUCGUGCGAGAAGAGUUUGAAGAGACUCGGGGUUGAGACUAUUGAUCUUUACUACUGUCACCGGGUUGAUGGUGUGACGCCUAUUGAGAAGACUAUUGAAGCUAUGGUUGAAUUAAAGAAUCAAGGCAAGAUCAAAUACCUCGGAUUAUCCGAAUGUUCAGCAGCGACUGUGCGCCGUGCCCAUGCCAUCCACCCCAUCUCAGCGUACCAGGUGGAAUACAGCCCGUUCGCGGUGGACAUCGAGUCCGACAAGACCGAUCUCUUGAAGACAUGCCGUGAGCUCGGCAUCGCCGUUAUUGCGUACAGUCCUGUUGGCCGGGGUAUCUUGACUGGGCAGAUUCAAUCGUUCAAUGAUCUUCCCGAGACCGAUUUCCGUCGUGGAAUGCCCAAGUUUGCCCAGGAACAUUUCCCCAAGAUCUUGCAAUUGGUGCAGGGGUUGAAAGACGUGGCAAAGAACCAUGGUAGUACCCCUAGCCAAGUUGCUAUUGCUUGGCUGCUUGCUCAAGGCCCGGAUAUUAUUCCUAUUCCUGGGACUAAGUCGAUUGAACGUGUUGCUGAGAAUGCGGCUUCCGUUCACCUUCAGUUGAGUGAGAAGGAGUUGUCUGAUAUUCGGGAGUUGAUUCAGUUGACUGAGAUUCCUGGAACCCGGUAUCCCGCUGAGGUGAUGGAUUGCAUUAUGGGUGAAACUCCGCCUCUUUAG